GGUUGCGACCAUCGUGGGGGUGAAACUGAAAGUGAAGUGCUCCGGCCGCGGGGAAGCGAGAUUGAGUCGCUGGCUCCUUCCCAUGAGCGCCUGAGCCACCCCGACCCGAGCAUGUCGGAUAGUUUUGACCGAGCUCCAGGUGCUAGCCGGGUCUGGGGUCGAGGUGGCGCUGCUCUCAGCGGCGCGGACGCGUCGGAGAGUGGUGGUGGGGCCUGUCCUGGGGGUAGUGGUUCCCACAGUGAAGGCUCGGCCGAAAAGCAGCAUAAAACAGGUGGCCUCUUGCUACAGCAGGAACCGUUGCGACCUCCGAAGACAGCGCCGCUGAGCACCGGAAACGCAGAAAACCUGCAACAGGCAAGAAUUCCAUCUGGAUCACAAGGAAAAGUUUCAGUUCCUGAUUCUGGACCAGAAAUGGCUGAAUCUCAGGUGGCUGUGGCUCCUGUGGUAACAUCAAAGUUGUCUGUUAAAGCACCUGAGUUUUAUCCAUCAGGAUAUAACCAGAACUUUGCAGAUUCUUCCUUUGAAGAUGAAUAUGAUGGCUAUCUGACUUUGGCAGAGUAUGUACAAGACUUUCUAAAUCACCUUGCCAAGCAACCAGGUUGUUUUGAAACUGAAAUAGAGCACUUUGCUGAAACAGUGAAUGGCUGGGUCGCUGCAGAUGAAACUUUACAAGAACUUGUUGAACUCGUAUAUCAACAGGCCACAUCUGUCCCAAAUUUUUCCUACAUGGGAGCACGGUUGUGUAACUAUCUAUCUCAUCAUCUAACCAUUAGUACACAAAGUGGGAGCUUUCGGCAGUUGUUACUUCAAAGGUGCCAAACAGAGUAUGAAAACAGAGAUGAAGCUGCCAAAGGAGAUGAGACUGCUCAAAAACAAUUUCAUGCCUUUGUGUUGUUCUUAGCCGAACUUUACCUUAACCUAGAGAUUAAAGGAACAAAGGGACAGGUCACACGAGCAGAAAUUCUUCAAGAAGGCCUUCAGGAAUUACUAAAUGUGCUCUUCUCUAACCCUGUGGACAAUAAUUUGAUGUGUGCAGUGAAACUGCUGAAGUUGACAGGCUCAGUUUUAGAAGAUGCCUGGAAAGAAAAAGGAAAGAAUGAUAUGGAGGAAAUGAUUCAGAGAAUUGAAAAUGUUGUGUUGGAUGCAAACUGUAGCAGAGAUGUGAAACAUAUGCUUCUGAAAGUAGUGGAACUACGAUCAAGUAACUGGGGUAGAGUUCAUGAAACUUCUCCACAUACAAAAGCUACUCCUGAAAAUGACCCUAACUAUUUUAUGAAUGAACCAACAUUUUACACUUCUGAUGGUGUUCCUUUUACUGCAGCAGAUCCAGAUUACCAAGAAAAAUACCAAGAACUGCUUGAAAGAGAGGAUUUGUUUCCAGACUAUGAAGAAAAUGGCGUGGCUUUAUCAGGACCUGGAGACCAGUAUGUUUUCAUUUUGAGUGAUAGCUGUUGUGGGGUGGUUUUGGGCUUUUUUAACACUAAUUAUUUUUACUGCAAAUUUAGGAAUCCAAUAUUGUAAAAAAUGAAAUUAAUAAUUGUUAUUUAGUUCUACAGUGGAAAUUAUGUGUCUGUUCAGGUGGAAGUUGGUUUGUAAUUACACAAGUUUGAUACAUUUUAUAUUUAUCCAGCUGAGUAGGGCAAUUAAACUUCAUAUAUUUUUGCCCAUGUGUAACACUCUCUUCUGCAUUUUUGAAAAAAAAUUGCAAGCAAAAUUAUGCAUCAUACCUUCAGGUGUUGGUAGUGAGACAACCUGAAUUUAUUCUAGCUAGAGAUAAUUACAAUGUUUUCAGUAUUUUUCAAAGGGAGAAGGUUGUUAAGGUUUUCUCUUCAGGAUAAGUAGUAUUCCCUCAAUUAAUGGCUAAAGGGGAAGCAGUAGAUGGAAAUAUAGUCUCACCUUCUGACACCAGUUUAUAAGAAUUUGAUAGGAAAUCUGUGAAAGAAAGACAGUCUAAAAGAAAUUGCUCUGAGCUCUGUACUGGUUGAAGGAGGACUUUCAGAUCAUGAUUUGAUACUCAAAAGCAUUUUCAGUGUUGUGUUUGUGUGAUAAGAGCACUGGUCUGGAUCAUUGUUUUUGUUAGUAAAUUAGCAAGCUUUUAGAUGGCAACUAGCUGAGGGGAGUUACAGGAACUUUGGAAGAUAAAUUAGUGAU